CCGUGUCGUGACGACCGAAUCUAAUUGAUAGCUGGAAAAAUACCUUAAAUUUCACCAAUUUCUAUCAACAGAUCGGACACAGAUAUUGUCCACAGUGAAAUACAUGGAAGUAUGGCAUCUCUGAGAUGCUUGAAAAAUUUGCACGCCGGAGGGAAGGUGACUUUACAAGCUGUUAAAUUUGGACUUGAAAAUGUCCGAACACUCCGAACAAGUUCAGCGUGCGGCGUUGAAAGACUCGUGGGGCGAAUUCAGUCUUUUCACCCGGGACUAGUCAGGCUGUCGGCGGUCCCUCCAAUCGGCGGUUGCGUGGAAUCAAAUCAUAGCUUAGUGACAAAUAAUUCCAUACUGAGAUCUUCGAUAUCACUUGAAAGGCAACAACGAUGUCUACACACAAGUGCUUAUGCAAUGAGCAGAAAGUGGGAAAGAAAUAACAGGAAAUUGUACCCACCACAAAAACCAGGGGACCCUCCACGAAUGGCUGAGGUUUACUACUCAAGACAGCAAAUCAAACACAGCAUGAGAAAAAUGUGGUACAUCGCUACGUUUGUGAAGGGGAUGAUGAUUGAUGACGCCCUGAAUCAGUUGCAGUUUAUUAACAAGAAAGGCGCUGGUAUUGUAAGAGAGAUUCUACUUGAAGCCCAAGAGGAAGCUGUUAAGAAUCACAACGUGGAGUUCAAAUCCAACUUGCAUAUCGCUCAAUCCUUCGUUGGUAAGGGAGAAUACGACCACGCCAUGCGAGUUCAUGCCAAGGGUCGCUUCAGCAUCUUGAACCUUGUCUACUGUCAUUACUUUGUAGUCCUGAAGGAAGGACCACCACCAACGAAGAUUGAGACCACUGGGUAUGAUCAGGCACAGCAUUAUAUCGAUGCACUCCGUAAACGGACAGUUAUUCACUCACUGUGAGUGUGAGAGAUUCACAUCAAACCCAACUUCCCCGUUGAAGGGAUUCCAUGGAGAACUAACCAGUGAAAAAUCUUCACUGAAGAAACUAUUUACGGGGACACAAUUUUGUCCCACUUAAAGCAAAAAUUUCUGUAAAGACAACUGUUAUUUUGUGUUUAAAUAAAGUUUCCCCAUUUCUUCGAAGGCAUUGAUGAAAAAGGUUAUAAACAGCCUGAGCCCAAAUGUCUUACAGUUAGUUAUGUAUGGAGAAAUAAUUUUUUCCAAUUUUUACUUCAAAGACAUUUGCAUAUGAUAUCACAGACUUGAAGUACCUCACUAUAGUCAAAGGAAGACCUAGCCGAGAGUUUAGCGCUGAGUUUACACACACGCAAUUUUCCAACGUAUGGCCUCAGCGGUGCCAGCCUCUACAAGGGGUCUAGGGUCUAGAGCAAAUAUUAUUUCCUGUAAGAUGAAGGAAAUUUGUACAAAAGUUCAACUUUGGAUAAGAUGCAAAAGUGAAUGUCAUAAGACGCAAAAGUGAAUGUCAUAAGACGCAAAAGUGAAUGUCAUUACAAAUACAUGUACAUAUUUUGUUUGGUUCUGAUAGAGGCCUGCACUCGUAAAAUGGGCCCAAUCUCAUAGCGUAACUUAUCGGUAAGCACUUUUUUGUGCUAACUGUCUAGCAGAAUUUUUUUUUUGCAUAAGCGCCACAGGUACAUGUAAGCAAGAAAAUCGGGCUGCCAUCUUGCGUGCUCAAUAAGGAUUUGCAUUGACGAAAAUAGUUUUCCUACAGUAAGCACUGGUAGGUUAGCAUGCCUUUAUGUGUGAUUACGAUAAGCAGCGCUAUAGAAUGGAAAUCGCACAGUAAGCACAAAAGCACAAUUUCUUUAGCAUUUUUAUAAGCACAUUUUACAGUUAGCAAGAAAAUCAGGCUGCCAUCUUGCGCGCUCAACAAGGAUUUGCAUUGACAUCAUUAUUUUUUUCGUGCAGUAACACCGGUACGUAAGCAUGCUUUUUCGUGUGGUAACGAUAAGCAGCGCUAUGUAAAUGGAAAUCGCUCAGUUAGCACAAACUCGGCCGUUCAGCACCUCUAUGAAAUUAGGCCCUGUAUUUUGCUGAAGCCUAGAGCCAUAGCUAAAGACACUUAUUUACAUACUGCUUAGUAUUAUUUUUCCUGGUACCUACAAUAUUUGUAAUUAACCAACAGACAAAUUGACCUCCAAAGAAAAAUAAAUUAUACCAGUUUGAAAGCAAGA